CGCGUUGCUUUCGAAUCAUCGAAAGAUACUACGACAGUAUAAGACUAAUUGUUUUCACAGUUUAAACUUACAAAAUUAGUUUUCUUAUUACGCGUAAAUGCACGUUAUUGUUUAAAAGAAAUUUGUAAAAAAAACUUUAAAUGAAAAUAAUAUUUUGUCCAAGAAACUUACAUUUGUUCAGUGAUUCUACGUGAUAAUAGUAUAAGUUUGUUAUACCACAUUUAUGCAUACUAUGUUCAAAAGUAAAUAUUAUUUAUCCUAUUUGUUUUAAUUAUUAUAUCAUUUUUCUAUUCCGCGAAUCUCCAUGGACUUGGGAACUCGUCGAAAGAAUUCAGAGAAAAGUUUUGAUACGGACGAUGAUUCUGAGUAUGCUAUGAUACAACGUAUCAAAAUGGAACCCGAAGCUAUAUUAUCCCAAGAUGACGAUUUAAUGGCACAGUUUCAACAAGAUAAUUCUGAUUUAGAAGUUGAACCAAGUUUUUCUUUAGAAAGUAGUAUCAAUAGCGAUGAUUAUGAUGGUAUUUUGAUGCAACACAUGGAUAUUAGAGAACCUUUAUCCAAGUUAAGAAAUCUUUUGGAACAAAGAUUAGGAGGCGAUCUUACAGAUUAUUCCUUUUGGUUGCAAGAUGCACAAAUGCUUGAAUGUCACAAAAAUUUGGUCGAUCAAUGUGUACAAGGGGAAGGUCUCGUUCAAGUCAAUGUUCAAAUAAAAACUGUACAAAAGCGUAUUAAUAUUGUAGAUGUUUUAAAACCCGCAGAAGACUACAUCGAACUUGCCGAAAAUAAUACAGUGACAUCGUAUAACGAAGAUAACAAACAAAAUGUUAUGAAAUGGAUGAUAGAUCCACAGUAUAAGAAAGAACAGGAACGCCUGAAGAUACCAACUGAUCCUAUAGAUUGGUCGCAAACACACGUUAAGCAUUGGCUUCAAUGGGCUGUCAGACAAUUCAAUUUAGUUUCCUUGCGUUUAGCCGAUUGGAAUAUAACUGGUGAACAAUUGUGCAAUCUCACCCUUCAAGAUUUUCAGAGUAAAGUACCACUUGAUCCUGGUGAUAUAUUUUGGACACACUUGGAAUUACUAAGAAAAUGUAAAUUUGUUGCUGUUAUACAAAAAGAUGUUCCACCAUCGGUAAAUGAAAAUAACACAAACAAAACAAUGAAAGUACGUAGUCAAAAGAGUCCUAAAGCACGGCCAGUUAUUAAUCAACAAACACGAAUAGUCCACGUACCAUUGGAAAAUCUUGAUACAACACCAAUUACAAUAGCAACAUCAAGUCGUUCUGUUAAUAGCGGACAAAUACAAUUAUGGCAAUUUUUAUUGGAAUUAUUGACUGAUCGUGAACACAGAAGUUCUAUACAAUGGGUUGGAACAGAAGGAGAAUUUAAAUUAACCCAACCGGAAACUGUUGCACACUUAUGGGGUGCACGUAAAAAUAAACCAUCUAUGAAUUAUGAAAAAUUAAGUAGAGCCUUACGUUAUUAUUAUGAUGGUGAUAUGAUAUCCAAAGUUCAUGGAAAAAGAUUCGUUUAUAAGUUCGUUUGUGAUUUGAAACAAUUAUUAGGUUAUUCUGCUGCUGAAUUAAGUAAAUUAGUCGAAGAAGGUAAACGUUACUAUGAUUAGAUUUUUAUAAUAUUCUAAUUAUUAUGACAGAAUUUGUUUUUGAAAGAGUAUGAAGAUAUAUUGAAUAAUAUAUACUUAGGUCUCUAGGUAUAAUCGCGUACAUAAAAGAUAACUUUCAUCUUUUUUAUCCUUUUUAAUCAUAUUUUUAAGAGCUUAUAAAAUGUAAUAUAAUGUAAAAUGUAUAUCCAAAAGAAAAUAUACACAACGAAAGAGUUUUAAUAAUGUAAAUGAUAAUAUCGAUAUAAUGAGAAAAUAUUGAAAUAUACUGUGGUAUGCCUAA